GCGCGGAGCGGAGCGGAAGUGCCGGAGUUGGCGCUGCCGCGCGCGGGGCAAGUUGGGCUCCGGCGGGGCGGGGGCGGCUCCGCGCCCCCUGCUCGGCUUCGUCCCCUGCUGCUGCUGCUGCUGCUGCUCCUGCUCCUCCUCCUCCUCCUCCUCCUCCUCCUCGCCGCCGUCCUUCUCCCCGCGGCUCCCAUGCGGCGGAAGCAGAAGCGGCUGCUGCAGGCGGUGGGGCUGGCGCUCGCCGCCCUCGUCUUCUUGCCCAACGUGGGGCUCUGGUCCCUGUACCGAGAGCGGCAGCCGGACGGCGGCGGUGGGGCGGCCGCCGGGCAGGGGGCGGCGGCGGUGGUGGUGGAGGUGGGGGCUGGAGAAGAGGCGGCAUCGUACGUGAGGCAAAAGAAAGACCCUUACUUUGGUGAUGGACAAAGGAAAAAGGACUGGCAUAACAAAGAAGCUAUAAGGAGGGACUCAGAGCGUGUGGGAAAUGGAGAACAGGGAAAACCUUACCCCAUGACUGAUGCAGAGCGGGUGGACCAGGCAUACAGGGAAAAUGGCUUUAAUAUCUUUGUGAGUGAUAAAAUUUCUCUGAAUCGUUCCCUUCCAGACAUCAGACAUCCAAACUGCAAGAAUAAACUAUACCUGGAGAAGCUUCCGAACACCAGUGUGAUCAUACCGUUCCACAACGAAGGAUGGUCCUCUCUCCUCCGCACAGUGCACAGCGUCCUGAACCGCUCCCCUCCUGAGCUGAUAGCAGAGAUAGUGCUGGUGGAUGACUUCAGUGACAGAGAACACCUGAAGAAACGCCUGGAAGAUUAUAUGGCCCAGUUCCCAAAAGUGAGAAUCCUCCGAACCAAAAAAAGAGAGGGGCUGAUAAGAACUCGGAUGCUGGGGGCCUCCAUGGCAAUAGGGGAUGUCAUCACCUUCUUGGAUUCCCAUUGCGAGGCCAACGUCAACUGGCUGCCACCCCUGUUAGAUCGCAUUGCCCGAAACCGCAAGACUAUCGUUUGUCCAAUGAUCGAUGUUAUUGAUCAUGACCACUUUGGAUAUGAGACUCAGGCUGGAGAUGCAAUGCGAGGUGCAUUUGACUGGGAGAUGUAUUACAAGAGGAUCCCUAUUCCUCCUGAGUUACAGAAACUCGAUCCCAGUGAUCCCUUUGAGUCUCCUGUAAUGGCUGGAGGACUGUUUGCAGUCGAUAGAAAGUGGUUCUGGGAGCUGGGAGGGUAUGAUGCAGGUCUGGAGAUAUGGGGAGGAGAGCAGUAUGAAAUAUCCUUUAAGGUAUGGAUGUGUGGGGGUCGUAUGGAGGACAUCCCUUGCUCUAGAGUUGGCCAUAUCUACAGAAAAUAUGUUCCUUACAAGGUUCCAACAGGAGUCAGCCUGGCAAGAAACCUGAAGCGGGUGGCUGAGGUGUGGAUGGAUGAGUACGCAGAGUACAUCUACCAGCGCAGGCCUGAGUACCGGCACCUUUCUGCAGGGGAUGUCACGGCUCAGAAGGAGCUCCGCAACAACCUCAACUGCAAGAGCUUCAAAUGGUUCAUGAGCGAGGUGGCGUGGGACUUGCCCAAGUUUUACCCACCGGUGGAGCCUCCAGCAGCUGCCUGGGGAGAGAUUCGCAAUGUAGGAACUGGACUGUGUGUGGAUACCAAGCAUGGAGCCCUGGGAUCCCCACUGAGGCUGGAAAGCUGCGUGAAGGACAGAGGAGAGGCAGCGUGGAACAAUGUGCAGGUAUUCACCUUCAGCUGGAGAGAAGACAUCCGUCCCGGGGACCCUCAGCAUACCAAGAAGUUUUGUUUUGAUGCCAUUUCCCACAGCAGCCCUGUGACCCUCUACGACUGCCACGGGAUGAAGGGGAACCAGCUCUGGAGAUACAGAAGAGAUAAGACCCUGUACCACCCAGUAAGCAGCAGCUGUAUGGACUGCAGUGAGAGUGAUCGAAAGGUCUUUAUGAAUAGCUGCAACCCCUCAUCUCCAACACAGCAGUGGAUAUUUGAACAUACAAACUCAACCAUCUUGGAAAAAUUUAACAGAAAUCUUGAUCUUUAAAGACUGACUGUAUAUAUAUACAUAUAUAUAUAUAUUUUACAAUUAUAGUUUUUACUGGGGAGGGUUACAAAAAAUUUUUUUAAGGAUACUUUUUUUUAACAGUUAAUGAAGGUAAAAGGGAGAAUCUCAGGAGAAGGUAAACUAGCAGGCCAGUCUUUAUUGUGAAGAUGCUGCAUCCUUCUCUUCUGGGGAUGGUGGAAUUCUAAAGGCUUUGCCAGAGCCAUUUCUGUGCUGAGACUGGAAUAGAAACUCUGUUUUUAGAGGAGUCUGAAUGUUGAUUCCAACUGCUUUUUUUUUUUUAAUGUUUUAUUUCCCAUCUAGGUUUGGCAUUAAAUGAUUUUUUUUCUCCAGGACCCUCAAAGUACAGUACUUUAUGUAGCUGCUAUGCAACCUGCUGAAGCAUUCCCUCUUAGGUGCUUUAUCUUCCAAAAUCCAUCUAAGUAAAAUCUUGAACACAAAAUUUAAUCCUCUGAUGUCACAGACAUUAAAAAAAAAAAGACAUCAAAAUGUAAAACAAAAUGAUUUUUUUUGCCUUAAACCAAAAUAUAUUUCAAACAGGUUGGCUGUUAUUACUUUCCCAAUGAUAGCUGUGAUAAAGGAAUGAGCUCUAGAGGAAAUGCAGCCAAGUGUUGGGGUUAUCACCGUGGUUAUUAGAGAUGAGGAAUCUGGGUUUCUGCUCCAUUCACUUUACAGUCACUUUGUCACUCGCUGUUGAAUCCUCAAGGUGAAAGAUUAGCAGAGAGUUUUUAAGUGAGCACAGUUCUUACAGGUUAAGGUUUUUGUUAGGAGCCUUUGGAUAUCGAAUUCACCUCUUGCACCCCAUCUUUUUAGCAUGGACACCUCCAGAGUUUCUCAGAGUUAAACACGAAGGCAACUUUAUUUUUUCCUUUAGAGGCUAACUUAAUUCAUAAUUGGUGUGAGCGGAUUAAUUCAAGAUAAUUGAGUCAGGGCUGAGAUUAGCAAUUGUUUUGUAUCCAUUUAUUCAUCAGUCUGUAUGUAGUUUAUUCCAGUGAUGAGUCCUGUGGUCAGUGGUGGUGUAGGUUUGGGGGAGCAUGCUCUUAAUCUCUCUCUCCCUUUCUGUACAGCUCACUGUGACAGGAGAUCUGUUUGCUUAAGCAGAGGUGUGGGAUCAAGGGGCUGGUUUCACCGGUACCCUGUCCUUGGGUAGUCAGUUUGCAGCACAAGGUAUUACCCUUCUGGUUGGGCUGCAGGAUCGACCAGACACUGAAACAGAAUUAUCUCAUCCCAAAAGCUGGAAAAAAAGAGUGGAGUGCUGACACUGAAGGAUGAACAGAGGACCAUCGGUUUCAAGUCUAUCUAAAAGUGAGUGUUUAAAAAAAUGAAACAAAACACUGGUUGAAAAUGAAGUUGUUGCAAAAACAUUUAAUAAUUCAGUUAACUUAUACUGAAGGCAGCAGUGACAUUUUCUAGCAAAAGCUGUGAAUGAUGGUGCAGUUAACCUUUCGCAAAGAUGCUACCUAAAUCAAUGCAACUAGGCCUUUUCCAAUAAUCAUCCAGUUCCACAGUUUGUCCAAUCGUCCAUUCAGUAAUGUUGCAGGAAGAGGUAGUGUGCAGUUGCCUCUGGGAGUGAAAGGCUGAAUCGUUCAGGGCAAGAGCAGUGUACCCCUUUGGGACUCUAGAUAAACACAGUUAAUGGACCUGCCCUCCUCGUUGGGGCAGGGAAGCUCUGCUCUGACAAAUCUUUUCUGUGAAAUCAAGAUUUUUGCCUAGUGUCAAGAAUCAGUCAGGCUGGCUCCCACCUUUGCAGAGCUCCGCAAGAAGCCCUUUCUCCUGUUGCCAGCUGUAGGACCACUACCUGCGUUUUAGAUGUCUCUGAGGCCACGUAGUGCUGUGUCUGUGAACUGGGAGCAGACUAGGACACGACUACCUGCAUCUCUAGUGCUCGAGUCUGAUGUAUUGACUGUGAGGUCAAAAUCAUUUCCACCUUUGUAUCCUCACAGUCGAAGCUGUAUCUGACCUGUGCUGCCAAUUCACCUGGUUUGUGCUGUUACAGAGCAGGGGAAAAUGGGCAUUGCAGGUGGGACUGGAGUUGCCAAAUAUUUUAGUGUCUAACGUUUUAGGAGUGAAGAAAGGCAAAAAGCUCUAGGCUUUCCUUGUGACAGUUCUGCAGCAGUAUUGCAAUGGAAUUGAGACCAGUGUUGAUGUCUUAUGUCCUCAGUACCUACGAUCUGUCUGUCAUUAGGAUCCCUUUUCACUUCUGUGGGAGAGAGUGCCACUUCCCAGUGCUUUGUGUCCAACUUGCUUUCCUUAAGUUAUUAAUGCUCUCAGUAGUCUAGUAUGUUGACUGUGGAUCACUACAUGGCCUGACUAGGUGUCUUUAUGAAUGUUUUAGUACCUGUGGAACAAGAAGCUGUUUGUCCAUGAGCAGUGCAAUUUUUUUUAUAUAUAUAAUUGGAACACAAUCAGUAAGUGAUGUACAUGGACAUAGGGCAUUCUGAUUGCAGCUUGCAGCUUUUUGUGUCUUAGUUUUCUAACAAGAGGAUUAGUUUCUGUUUCUAAAAUGCAUGGCUUGCUUUGUACUUGGGCUCACCUUGCGAAGAGAGCUUCGAGUCCUAGCUGAUUAGCUUGCUGGAUGCUUGCUUCAGAGAGAACUACAGUAACGAGCAGGUCUUUUACCACAGAGUGAUCUUAAUUUGGUGAGAAAGGACAGCUCUUGGUAGUAUGCACCAAAAGAUUAGGGAAUGUUGAGGCGUUUCUUGCUUGACAGCCAACCACCAGUACGAGGAAACUGGAGCUGUGGGGUGACUGGUCCCACUGGGUCCUUCUCAGUGUGGUUGAUCUCAUCUGUUUUCUCAAGAUUUGCCAUCUGAAUUUGUAAGUACCCCACAAAUUCUGUACACUUCUGACUGGCUCGCUGGGCUUUGAGCUGUUAAUUUAUUUACAUCAAUUAAAAGUUUCAAUACCCUAGAGGCUUUGCUGACUAAUGAGAAGACUUAAUAUAGCCAACCAUUCACUGAUUGAGAAAUAGAAGCUGUGUUUCACAGUCUACAUCUUUUAAUCGAGCCUUUGCUGGGCAAACUGGUUAAUUAUUCCAAUUACCUUUGGUUAUUUGUAAGCAAAAUUGCUAAAGCAUGAAUACAUAAGCAAAUCUUCAUAUCUGCAUGCAAGUCAAGACUGGAGAUUAAAUACCAGUGAUUAUCUAAUGCAAAAUAAAUGCUUUUCCUUUUUCCCCAAAAAAUAUUCAAACAAACCCUCACUCCAUGGCUGCAUAAAUUCUGCUGCUUUUAAAUAUCAGAAUCCCAGACGGGAGUGGGAUCCCUGGAUGUGUGUUAUGUCGCAUAAUAAUACUUUGAUUUGCUCUUGAAGUUCUUGGUUUGUACAGGUGCUAAUCUCUAAGGUCUACAGACAGUAAUAGGUUUGGGGACCUCAUAUGUGCAAGGUGCCCUUUUUCAUGCCUGGGCAUUUAACUUUCUUUUCCACACCAUAACAGAAGAAAGUGUGACCCUUACCGAAUGGGGGAAUACAGCAUCAUUAAAAUAAAGAUGUGCCUUUUUAAAUGUAAAUGUACAGCAAAUGCUUAAACUUGAACCAUUUCCUAGUGCCUUGCUGGACAAGAGAGAAGAGGGGUAGGGGUUGGGGGGAUAAGGAUGUAUGAGAAAGCUUGACUCGUGCAGUGUUUGUGUGUGUGUGUGUGCUUUUUUUUUUUUUUAAAUGUUUGACUCCAAGUGCAAAAUUUGUGUGGAUGACAGUAAUUCAGAAGCUCCCGAGUUUCCUCUGUUAAAUUGAUGUCAUUAAUGAUUUGGGGGCGGUAGGACAGAUGGUGUCUCUCCUCAUAGGAAGACUUGGAAAGAGUGGCAGCUUCCUUUUGGUACGCUGUGAUGACUAAAGCUAGACCAGAGCAUGUUUUAGUUAGCUGCUGGAUGUUUCACCUCAUGGCGAAGGCUAAUACAUUUCACUGGCUUGCAAGGUCCUGCUUUUUAUGUUCUAAGUAGCCAAAUCAGAAAUCACAAAUAGUCCCAAGGGCACAUCAAAUCUCUGGCAGAGUGUCUUACAGACAGUCGACACCUUCCAUCCCUGAGAAACCUUUAAAGGGUGCGUUCAAAUCUUUAAUACAGAAGUAGCAAGAAAGCAAUUUCUCCCCUUAUCUUUCUUCCUGGUUUGUUUUGCUGUAAUGUCUGUGCUCGGGGCUUUGCUUUCCUUUAGUGGGAAGUUCCAGUCAGCAAACUUUGCUCUUCCCUGCUGCCCUGAGACAUCAAUGUGCUGAAAGUCACAUAGGCAGCACCAGCCACCAGUACUGCAGGAACACGGUGCUCUCAUGGCAACUGCGGGAUCAUUAAAGUAGUUCUGCUGGCUCGCAUCACUGAGGGGAGGGGAGGGAUAUAUCCUAAAAGUCGUACUGGGCAAUUGCAUAACUGCUGGGUUAAAAGGGAGAAGCCUUUAUUUUAAAUUGUCUUUCAGGAUACGGACAGACACUUGAAUGGUUUUGACUGGAGAGAACAGCCCCUAGCAGUCAGCCUGUCGUGCUUUCUUGCAUUCAAAAGAGUGCUGGUAGUUAUGUCUGAAACAGUCUGGCUUUGCUAGCAGGGGAUUCAAGUGUGCCAUCCAUUCCCACCCGCCGCGGUUCAUGUUCCUACUCACCCACUGUGUUUCCAUCUACUUGUGACAAAGCCUGAUGGUGCCUAAGUCGGUCCUUACCUGAGAAGCAGCAGGUUGGCUUUCCAUUUUAACAGUUAUUUAGCAUGGCAAGCUUCUUCAGUGCUUCUUAAAUCAUUGGCAAGUUGUUGACAAAAUGGUGAAUAGCUUUAGGUUAUUAUCAGAGUCUGUGGAGGUAGUGUUUAAUGGCCUUUCACAGGAUAUGUAGUAACGGGGGGUGGACUGGGGGGCAGGAGCACAAGGUCCUUUUCCAUUUCCCAGUGGCCUAUUGCUUGAUUCUAAGCAAGGCGAGUCUGUGUGCUGUAAUUUCCCAACUUGUGUAAGAUUUAGCUUUAAGUGCUUUACCUUGCCACCUUAGUAAGUGUCGAGUCCAUAUUUUUAAAACAAAUUUCAAGUCUUCACCUGCUUCAGGCGGAGGGGAGAGAUGCGAUGGGUGGAGAACGGGAAAGCUGAGAUCCAAAAUUUCCAUCAGCGUUCAGUGCUCAGUUGUCUGUUCAUUUCACAUUCUUCAUUAACCGGUCAGAUUGACUUCCUUUAUAAGUUUAAAGUGUAACUGAAAUAAAUUCACCUUCUGCUUCGAUUGCUCCUUUAUAGUGUCACACUUUAACUUGGAGAUCUGUGUACGAAACUAGGCAACAAUAGAUUAUGGAAAUCCAAAUAAAAAUCCUGUCUGUUUUUUAA